AUGAUUAUUCGUGGCGAUUCGCAGACCAAUUUCGAUGCUGAUGACGACGGUGACGGCAUCAGAUAUCGAAGACCUUCAUCACGAGGCCAUUCCGAUCCUAAAGGAACUCUUCCUCCAUCGUUAGCAAACUAUUUAACACGAGUGGUAGCUCCUAAACAUCCAUCUGAAUCAAAAGACCUUUCAAUAGCUCGUAUCACGGCAACUGAAUCGGAGGCAGGAUUCGCCGAUGAGGGCGCUCUGAUGAUUCGUGUCCACGACGUGAUUCAGCACCACCUAACACCGAACAUCGCUCAUUUCUAUAUGGGAACACAUUCCGCGACUGACGAUCGUAUAAAAACGACAAUGGUCAAUCUCUCUGCGGCGCAGUCUACACGCACAACAUUGUAUGUUCGCUCGCUAGAAUCACAAACAGAGAUGACGAAGAAGGAAGAAGCCGCAGGAAACGUAUGA